AUGGCGCGGCCAGUCCCAAUAACGCACGGCGGCCAGAAGCUGCUGAGCUCAGUAGCAGCCCUGAAUGGCCGUGUCUUCGACACCGAUCCCGUCGUUGCCUACAUGCUCCUAAGCCUCUCUCGGAAAGAAAGACUAGCUUACCUACCGAUAUACUGGGCAACGCUAAUUCAGUCCGCUUUGCUGAAUCACGCUCUUAUCACUGAAGCGGAUGGCUUUAAAGCUGCUUCAGUCCUUCUUCCGCCGGGUCGAUGCCUUGACAAUGCUUGGAAUAUGCUUUGCGCCGGUUUCUUGGGCGUGUUGUGGAGGAUUGGAUUUCCUGGUUUUAAGCGCCUUUGGAAUGAAUUCUCCGGCAUGACCGACAACGCAAAGAGAAAAGGUCUGCACGGACAAAAGCGGUACUACUACCUCUUCAGUAUUGGGACCGAACAUGAACACCGCGGCAAAGGACUGGCAAAAGCCAUCAUGCGUGAUCAUCAACGGACAGCCCAAGCAGACAAUCUCCCAAUUUGGCUCGAGGCAACAACUCCAGGCUCCCGUGGUCUCUACCUCUCAAUGGGCUUCGAAGAAGUCGAGGAGAUUGUACUGGGAAAGGGCAAGGUUGCCGCCGAUGCGAGUCUUCAGCCGGGUGGGCCGGGGAUUCCCUUGUGGGCGAUGGUAUGGUGGCCCCAGUCUACUCCUACUCCUACACCUAGCUUAUAG